GGACUUACUGCCAUCGUCAUCAACUCUCACGGUCUCAACUUUUUGUUGACUUGCUUGCACGUUUCACGCUCUUUCACUCACGACAAUUUCCGCCUUGGACGGACCGGGAUACCCUUCACUGUCUGUGUUCUAGGACCAUCAUACCAGGACUUCCAAUGAGUUUGCCAUCACUUGCUUCAUAUCCACCAGCAGCAGUUCGCAAGGACCUGGUAUCAGAAGAAUGGGAAGCGUGUCUUGAUGCCUGGUUGUCACUGUCAGCCCUCUACUUGCGUCUCGAAAAAUCAGAAUUCGAAUCUGCAGCCCGUAAUGAACAGUCUUUGGUCCCCUUUCUCACAUCAUAUUACCAGGUGUCAGCGCAAGAACGCCAACAGCAUGGACAUGGUCAGGGGAAAGAGCGUAAUCUGCGAAGGACUUGCUUUAUUCUCACUCACAGGAUCCUCUUGACCACUUCUGCACCCCCAGCUCGUCUACUCCAAUGGGAUUUCCUUUCUGACUUCAGCCAUGUUUACAUGAAGACGCAAAGUCUGGACUUGCUUUUACAGAAGCUCUGGCGGACAAGGCACCCUGAUCUCGAUCAGUCCUUGCAGAACUUCCUGUCACCGACGAUCAAGCAGUUGGAGUCAUCAAGGCCUGACGCAGCGGAGACUGAUGUGAAACGCAUUGCUCCUCUCCUUUUCUCUUCUCAUGAGGCUGGUGCGAUCAUUUUGACAAGUUCUGAACUUGUGGAUGCUAUGUCAUCGGCAUACUCUCAGAGCUCCCCUGAGCUUCGCAAGUCUUUUGUCUCGAUCCUAUAUUAUGGUCUUCUUUCUCUUACAAAGGGCGACAAACCCAACCAUUCUCUUCUAUUCGACCAUCUCUAUGGCUUGAAGAACCAAGCCGGUGGCUCUCAAGCAUCCCUCCUAGCAGAUUUGGUCACAAAUACUUCUUUGCUCUCUAAGUUGAGGUCAAGCAUUACUGGAAAGAACGCGGAAAGAGCACAAAACCUGGCGAAUGCUCUUUCAGCAUUCAAAUCGCCCUCAAUCUCGCGGCCCAAACGAGUACGAAAGGCGAACAAAGGAAAGGGAAAGGCGACCGGGGAUGAAUUUGGUCAUGGCACGUUCUCGGGGGAGCAUCAUGUUCAUCGAAUGAGCCUGAUAUCUCAAAUCCAAGAUCUCUUCCCAGACCUUGGCUCAGGUUUUGUCGCCAGGUUGUUGGACGAAUAUCACGAAGACGUAGAGCAAGUGACUGCUCACCUGCUAGAUGAUUCGCUGCCAGAUCACCUCCUUUCUCUUGAUCGAUCCGAAGAAUUGUCUUCUCCGAGAGCAGACCCUCAACUCACAGAACAAGAGAAGAUUGAACACCUGGUACCGCGCAGCACACCACCUCCGCAACGUCGCAACGUGUUCGAUGAUGAUGAGUUUGACAGACUCGAGGUGGAUGCUUCACGCCUACAUCUUGGACGGAAAAACGCGAAACUCACAGCGGACACUAUGUUGGAAGACAGAAGCGCCGCACCAGCCAAGAGCGCUAUUCUUUCUGCGUUGGCUGCCUUUGACUCAGACGACGAUGAACGCGACGACACAUACGAUGAAGCUGAUGUGGGAGGCUACGUUGACUCCGCUAGGCCGGAUGGAGAAGACUCAAGAGAUACGGACACAGGAAACCAGGGUGAGAGCGAAGAAGCACUGUUCCGCGUAUGGCGAAUGGACAAAGGAGUUUUCGAGCGUACGUCAGAUGUACGUCGUAGCUCUGCUCGACUAGCCCUCAAGAACGAAACCAAACUGCAGGAUGAGGCUAUUGAAGGCUGGGCAGUCAUGCUCGGUCGUGAUCCGAGACGUCUGAGACGAUUGGAGGCGAGGUAUUCUGCCUUCAGUGGCGCGCAACCGGAGCUGGAGAGGACAUCCUACAGAGACAGUGAAGCCACGGAGGACUCAGACAAUGGGGAUGGCGGAAGAGGGGGUAGAGGUGGUCGCGGUCGAGGAGGAAGAGGACGAGGCAGAGGUGGCAGAGGUGGCAGAGGUGGAGGCAAUCCUGCAGGGCCUCCGAGCGAAAGCAACACGCAAGCUGCAAGACAACGAAAAGAAGCACGUGGGUCGAACAGAAGGGACGGAAGAGCUAGGAAGAUGGCGAGAGCUGGGUUUCCCUAACUAAACACCAGUCUCUGUGCAGUCCAGGACGUAAUGUGCCAAAUAGAUGCCGCGAGAAACUCCGGCUCCUUGCUGCACUGAAUCAUUCCCUUGAAAGACAAAUCAGAGUGACAAGUGAGUUGUGAACCAGCGCCUUCGACUCAUCUUCGGCACGAUCAUGUGCAUGGCAGAAUCUGGCGAACAGAA